AUGUCUCUCAAUUCAAAUCAAGCACUUGCAGCGCCACCACAGGCUAUGAAGGUGAGUGAGUCGACCCCGAAAGACCCAGCAACAAUCCCCGCCCACCCAUCAAUCAAGUUCUUCAGUCACACCUUGACCAUCGAACUCGAUUUCGCACCCAAGAUCGGGCAGGAACCCACAGACAUCUCCAGCAUCGUGGCAAUACUCCCAGAGUAUACCAACAUUGCAACCUCCGUCCGUUUCUCGAUCCGCGAUGUGCCUCCAGCCAUGAACACUCGCGAAGAUCACUUCAAACGUAUCGAAGCAAUCAAGAGCAUCAUCUUACAGUUGAAUAGAAUCCGCGAGAUUAGGCACUUCCAAGCGAAGAUGCUAAUCGACACGCACAAUUUCGUUCAGAUGAAGUUGAUGGCAGAUUUGCACGGGCUUGUGUUCAACAAGUGGACAUUGGCAAUGGUGGUGGUGGGAGAACCAAUCAAAAAUGUUGAGAAAGACAGUGCGAUCGAGAAAAGACUUCGAGGAGUUUGA